AUGUUUUCAUCAUCAACUCUGACUGUUGCGGCUUUUCAGGCGCCGAGAACGCUCGGCGAGCGCGACGAGAACAAACUUCGUCGUUCUCGUUCUCGUCGCUUUCGUCGCGCGGGGGGUCAUCAAAAUGAGAAGAGCAACACCUUUACGAAUACCAAAAGCGCUUCGAGCGAUGAAAAACGAUAUCUAACGACGAAGAAAGAUGAUGAUUCCACGACGCGGGAGAACGAAUCCACCACGGCUCUGAAUCGAGCGAUAUCUAUCGCGAGCCAAUCGAUGUGCUGCAUCGCGAGCACGACCGGUGGGUUUAGCAACUUUGAGCUCGUCGCGCGUUGGUUCGAUCUUGAUACUACUACUACUACUACUACGAACAACAACAACAACAACAACGAAGAAGACAAAGAUAUGAACAACAAGAUGGGAAAAUUAAACGAACGAUUGAUGUGGAAAGAAGAGGACACGUACGAGGCGCAGAUGCGCCUGGCGACGGCGUCGUUUUUAGCCGCGACGACGGUGGCUGUGGGGCAGCCGGCUUUGGCGUUGGAUUUUGUCCUCGUCGAUCCUUCCGGUGCGUUUCGUUUCGGUUCGUUUAUCGUUUUUCGUUUUAAAAUAUCUUAUCCAGUAACGUUUAGAUUUUUUUCGCUCGCCUUCGCGUAA